AUUUCUUUUGUUUCUUUCUUUGGAGCCAUGUGAGAGUUGGUGAACUGUUUGCAAUUUUAAUGUGUAUAAAUUUGGAUUUCUACCUCAGAUAUUUGGACAAUUUUGUUCUGUUUCGGUGACUAUCUGCCCCUUCUGCAUCUGACACACGACUCUGCAGUAAGUAAAUGUCCACAGAGGCCUGCAUACUGAUACAGUUUUAUAAAAGUAUAUAACAAGUGUUCCAUAACAUUCCUCUGACAUUUGUAUGCUUUAAAUAGGCGAACUGUAUUUUAGAUUUAUAAUCACCUAAAAUAUAAGUCUGCAUUCCUCUUCAGAUCAGAAAUACGUUAGAUAUGUUUCCUCAGAGUAAUUUAAAUCAAUGGUUGCUGAUCAAUAUUCAUUACAGUUUGCAUAUCAAGGAACUGACAUCACAGCCAAUUGUUCAUUUAGUGGGCUCGUUUCUGUCAUUGUGUAAAUGUAUUGUUUAUAAGGUUGGAGAAACCUGCAGUCGGCUGAGACUGAAGAAGUCUCUUGCAUGAGUGAUAAAAAGGUUUCCCGUUCAAAACGUUACGUCCAGAUGAACAGAAUCAACUUUUUGGGAUUUGGAGUCUUUUUUUCAGCACAUGCAGCUACAAAAAACCCAGACAUGCAGUGAUAACAUCCGUGGAGUCCGAAAAUCGAUAUUAGAGAUCAAAGAGUCUUUGAAGUGAAUCUACUGUGAGUGCAAAAACUUCAAUAUAACAAAAUAGUGUUUGAAAUCCUUUACAUCCUGAGCAUAACUUUUAAAUCAUUUGACUUAUUGUUUGAGAACUCUGAAAAUAAGAUGAAGGGAAAAAAGUUUCAUUCAAAAUGAAACUAAAACUUUAAAAAAGUUGAUUUUUGCACUCUCCAUUUUCUUGUAUGUUUCUUCCAAGGACAAAAACAUGUUUUUGUGACAGAAUAACAACGAAGUCAUCAGACAAAAAAUCCCGUCUGCAGUGUUUAUCUUCAGUCUACUUCAGUUGUGAUAUGGAUGAACUGAAUCUGUUGUAAAUAAUGCUGUUCUUAGUUUUACUGUUUAGGGUACAAUGAAGAAUGUGGAGCUGCAGAGCUCUCCUCCUCUCAGUAUUAACUGUGAAUCUCUUCUGUGCUGCAGUGGGUCAAAGUAACUUCACUAUGAGUGCAGAACAGGAGAUCUACCAAGCUGAGGAAAAAAGUAACAUCACAAUAACAUGGCUGCUCCAUUUUGACACCAACAGGCCUCCUGACUUCCUGCAAAUAGACUUAAUGAAUGUGAAAAGGAAGACACGGGUUUUCUUCUAUAACAGUGAGACUGGCACUGAGGUGUAUCCAGAUGAGAACUACAGAGGACGACUGCAGUGUGAGCCACAGCUCGCCAGGAAAGGACGACUUGAAUGUGUCUUAACUGAUCUCAGGCUCAACGACACGGGGACAUAUCACUGCAUCGUUGUCCUUAACGAAGAAGUUAGUUCCAAAACCUGUGACCUCAAUGUUACAGCAGCGUUUGAAAAACCUGUGGAAGUGUCAUCAAAACCAGCGAACUCUAAGAGGAUCGGCCUCCACGCAGCUCUGGCUUUGCUUGCAGUGGUGAUUAUAGCGCUAUCACUGCGUUACCUGCCUGUAAUAUUUUUUAAAUAAUAUUAUUUGUAUUAAUGUGAAGUAGCAGCCCAUUACAGAUCACUCCUCAGGUCACCUCUGACUGUAAUGAGACUGCUGCCAAUGUUUUCAAAUUCCUCAGAGCUGUGCCACAGAGCAGUGCAAAUUCAUACCACGCCCCGCUCUUCCAAAAUACAGUUUUGAGCCCCCGAUUUACAUUUCAAAUCCCAGGAGCCAGAUGUUCUUGUAAGUUUCAAAGUGAUCUUGAUCAAUAAUUCUCAGAGACUUCUAAAGUCCAGUUCUUAUACCUGACCAUUUUCACAGAAAUCUUUACAGACAAAAGGUUAAACUCCAAGUAAUGCAUAAAAAACAAAAGUUUGCCUUUUUGGCAAAUCUUUUAAUUAUUACUACCUCCUGUUUUCUUAAAAAAUACAUUAAUUUACGUAAAAAAAUGAAGAACAACAUCAGUAUAAAUUUUCAUUUGGUAUCUAGAAAAUGAACAACAACAGAAGGAUAAGCUAACGCCAGCUAUAAAGCUUUAAACAUUUUUCAUCCAGCACUUUGUUAUUAGACUUUUAUAUUGUCAAAUUUAGCACAUGUGUGGCUAAUUAACUCAUUGACUAAUUAGCCCUCAUUAUGUGUGUUUGUAUCUGCUCGUGUUUAUAAACCAUAUGAAGCACUUUAGACUUUAUGAAGGUUUAUGUGCACUUCUGCUUCAAAGGUCAACAGGGUCAAAACACUUUGGUGUUGACACUUUGCACACAAAUUGGUGUGUUGAAGAACGCCAAUCAAUGAGUCGACCAAUCAGUGUUCACCCAUAGUUGACCUUAAGAAGCUGCUUUUUAAACAUUUUUGUAUUUGAGAUACCCAGAAUACAAAAUCAGUAAAAUUGAUUUACUGGCCACUUUAAAGUUUCAGAGUUCUCAUAUUAGACAUAAAUAACACCGCCGGAGAAAUAACCAAUAACUCAAGAUAAACCACUAAGAUGCUUUCUCAUCUUAUUUGUUUCUGUUAUACUUUUUAAUGAUAU